GUCCACUGGGCCAUUGCACCAUACUAUACCGCUGGACUGUUCGCUCGUGUAUGUCCGCGUCGCGAAAGAAAAAACAUUGUUUUGGAGUCGUGUACGGUGAGAGUCAUUACGUGGAUCCGCCGCAAGAAUGACGUCCCGCCUUGAGAAAGAACGUGCCAAGCAAAUCCAAGACAAAUGUCAAAACCUCUUAAAUCAAAUGUUAAGAGAUGAAGACAACAAGUACUGUGUUGACUGCGAUGCGAAAGGGCCAAGAUGGGCUAGUUGGAAUUUAGGUAUAUUCUUAUGUAUUCGUUGUGCUGGGAUACAUAGAAAUCUCGGGGUUCAUAUAAGCAAAGUUAAAUCUGUUAAUUUGGACACAUGGACACCUGAGCAAGUUGUGAGUCUACAACAAAUGGGAAAUUCGCGAGCACGUGCAGUCUAUGAAGCUAAUCUUCCAGAUAGUUUCCGAAGACCUCAAACUGAUUGUAGUUUAGAAAGUUUUAUACGCGCGAAAUAUGAACAUAAAAAGUAUAUUGCAAGAGAAUGGGUACCAUUUACUUUGCCAAAGGUAAACUGGGAUAAGGAACUUGAAGAAGAAGCCGAAAAGCAACGUAGACGAAAAAAAGAAGGAUCAAAAUCUAGCACUAAUCAGGCUGUUCUACCACCUGUAAAAAAACCAGAAGUAGUGCCACAGCUGCCAAAACCAUUAAGUUCUGUCAGUCCUAAAUUAGGAAGAACAAGUAACUCUGCAACAUUAGAUCUAUUAGGCCUUGAUGCUCCAACUACCAAUCAACCAAAUGCAAAUGGAUCUGGAGAUGAUAUCUUUUCCUCAUUUUUAUCUGCACCACCAACAUCAGCACCCACAACUGAUGGUAAUACUACAAAUGAAGCAACAACAAGUAAAAAUGAGGAAGAAAAUUUCUUUGAUCAGCCAGUUCCAUUAUCUCAAGAGAAAAGUAAAAUGACUAAAGACAGUAUUUUAGCUUUAUAUGGUACACCAAACCCUCAACAACAACAAAUUUUUAGAGUUUCUGGUAGUAUGUACAAUCAACAAUCUUUACAAUACAAGCAACCAGUAACCGGUGUAGUUGCUUUUGGUCAACAAAGCAGUUUUCAAAAUCCACAAAGUUCCUUCAAUCAAUUAAACCACAUGCCAACUCAAAUGACUGUUACAAAUCAAGUACCAAUUAAUCAAAAUCAAAUUACUCAAAAUCCUACGUCUGUAGGAGCAGUAGUAACUAAUCCUUUAGGAAGUUGUUUACAUAUGAGUCAAAUAAAUCAAAUGAAUGGUGUACCAAACACUGGUGUUGCAAUGCAGUCUCAAAUGAUGAUGCAAUUAGGACAAACUAAUAAUGGAUGGAGCGGAAUGUUGACGCAAAAUAUUCAACCAGCGCCUGGAAGUAAUCCAUUUUUUAAUUUAGCAAGUCAACAACAGCAAUCUACUGCAGCUUUUGUUACUCAAUUGCCGCAACAAAUGUCACAGAUGUCUUUAAGUGGAAUGAAUUUCUCAGCUACUGCAGGAAAAUCAAAUAAUACUGCAUUACCUGGACAAACUCUUUCUACUAACUUAUGGCAGUAAAAAUUAUGGUGGAUAUAAUUAGUUGAUUGACUAUUUCAUUCAGUGUUAUAUAUUAGUGUCAACUAUUUGUUACCCAACAAAUUAUAUUUCCAUACUAGAGAUUGGAAAUUUUGUUGGGAAAUAACAGAAUGAAGGCACGAACAAGAAACACUAUUCGAGUAUUAAAUAAUGUGAAAAACAAUCCCUGUAUGAAAGAAGUACUGCGAAUCACUAUAUUUUUCUUCAGGAGCCUUAUCAGCUUCUAGCAUUGUUGAAAGUACAGGAGAUAAAAAUAAAGGUGAACGUUAGACUGAUUUUGAAGAGUUAUUCAUACUGUUUGAAACACGUGUAGUUAACUAAGUAAUUACAUUGUAAAAUUGAGAAUUUUAAUAAUUGAAACUUAGUUUUUAUGCUUCGGGGUCCACUCUUGAUAUAAAAAGACAUGCAUCCAUGGCAAAUAAGUACAAGUAUUUGCAGUACAAUAAAUGUACUAUAAGAUGUAAUUUAUGUCAGAUAUGACUUAAAACCAUUUUCGCAACAUUUCUUUAAAUGCUGACUUCAUUGAAAUAAAUAAUGCGUUUAUUAUACAUCGAAA